AUGGAUGAAAUGAAUGCAACAACUGAUAAAAUCUUGAUAUCGAGUAGUUUAAAUCAACCUAAAUUAAGACCAUCAGUGAUGAUAUCAUGUUUUAAAAAGGUUUUUUUAAUAAUACCAUUCAUUAUAAUAUUUAUUUUGUUCAUUCUAACUAUAUUUUUACAUAAACAUGUAUUAUAUUCAUGGAUUAAUAAUAAUGCAACAACAACAACAACAACAACAACAAUAUCGGGAUAUCGUACUGCUCAUUGCAUAACAGGUAUUCCUCGAACACUUUAUAAAGAGGAAUUAUAUGUCGCUUAUCGUCGACAAGCACUCAACAAAUUACCAGGUGAUCUAUUUGUUAUUCUAGAACUUAUGAAUAAAACUGACACCAUUCAUGGAGUUACUAUUACCGAUAAUCAACCAAAAAGAUAUACUGCUGCGUUGAAAUAUCUAACACCACGCAAAAUCGAAUGGAUACCUUCAAAUAAUCGUUUAGGAGCUUUAGAUGAUGAACAUGGAUAUUCUAGAUGGCAACGUUGUUUGGAGCAUAUUGAACAAGCUGAAAAACAAGAUGGAAUAAAAUAUGAUUUUAUUGUUCGAACUCGACCUGAUUUAUAUAUUGCUAAAGAUUUACCGACAGCUGAUCUAUUACCUAAAAAUCGAAUACUUAUUAAUCCAUACUAUGAAUUUUUCCAAGAUAUGCCUUCAGGAUACAAUCACACUUGGCCUGAUCUUCAAGCUCCUGUUAAUAAAACAGACUUUGGCAUUUCAAGUUUAUUUGCUAUUAUUCCAAGAUCAUUAGCAGAUCCUUAUAUGCGUGUAGCAUACACACCAAAUCUCCCACGUCAUAUUUGUGGCUCACGUGCUAAGGAUGGAGAUUGUGCAAUUCGAGCAGCAUUAUAUAAGGCUAAUAUUACAUUCGAACUAUGGCCUUUUGUAAUAAGAAUUAUGUAUCCAGCUCAGUUUUGUCAUGCGAAAGAUGAAGAUUGGUUCAAUAGUUGGUGUUGA